UGCACUCGGGAGCCGGCUCCUUCAGGGUGCAGCGCCGCCGGCUUGCAGAGCGGAGCGGAGCUCGUCUCCUCCUUUCCUGGCUGCCGCAACCUAGCUCGGCUCCUCCGGAUCGCGGGUCCCCGCUCCUAGAGAAGGAGGAGGAGGGGGAGGAGAGCCUUCUCGCCGCCCGUCCGCGCUCCCCGGCCAGGAAAAGCCGAUGUGCCGGGGCCGCAGACACUGCGACUGCAGCGGCGGUGGCAGCGCCGGUGGCGGCGGCGGCUAAGAAGCCGGGGGAGCCAGGCUGUGGUCCCGUUUCCCGGGAGUCGGCCUCUCCCGCCCCCCUGGAGCCCCUGCCCGCCGCCGGGGCGAGAGGCACGUCCGUCCUCCGCGGGUGGCGGAGCUGCUGCAGCCCGGGCCGAAGAACGGGCAGGAGCAGCAGCGGCAGCGGCGGCAGCAGCUCCGGCGGCGGCUUCGCUCCUAACCCUUUCGGCUCCUAGGGAGGGAGGGGAAGCUAGAGGGCAGCGGGUGUCCGGCCCAGGGCGACAUAGGCACGGCUUGACGCAUAGACUGACCUGGGGCUAGGAGCGCCACCGGCGGGACGCAGCGGCCGCUUGGCUGUGUGCUUCGCGAUCCUGUACUCAUUCCCGGGGAGGAGAAAGAGAAGGAGGAGGAGAGAGAAAGGGAGGAAGAGGGGACGAGGGGAGGUGGGGGUAUCUUUUUUUAAAAACACAGAUUUUUUUUAAGCCCAAAUUGGCAUUGCCCUCUGGCCCGGGCAGGCAGGGCGCUGGAGGAGGCGCCGCGGUAGUGGCACCGGUGGUGGCUGCCUCGCCUCCCCCUCUCUCUAUGUGCAUCUCUCCGUGUGGCGGGUCGCGAGGAUGGCGAUAGACCGGCGACGUGAGGCGGGAGGCGGCGGCGGGCCGAGACGCCACCAGCCUCCUCCGGAGGAGAACGGGUCCCUGCCGGCUGGGGAGGCUGCGGCUGCAGCAGCCCCCCUGGGAGGUCCGCCUGUCGACGUAGGGGACAUCCAGACCCUGCCGCCUCUCCCGGCCCCCGGGGCCCCGGGGGGCGCCCCGCAGUCCAGCUGCUGCUCUUCGUCCUCAGCACCUAGUCUCCUGCUGCUGGACUACGAUGGGUCGGUGCUGCCCUUCCUCGGGGGGCUGGGCGGAGGCUACCAGAAGAUGCUGGUGAUCCUCACCUGGAUCCCGGCUCUGUUUAUCGGCUUCAGCCAAUUCUCGGACUCUUUUCUCUUGGACCAGCCGGAAUUCUGGUGCCGGGGGCCCCAAGAAGGAUCUGGCUUGGCGGGUGCCACCACCACUGGCAGGGUGGGCAUCGGCGACUUUGGGAACUGGACUGGGACUCCGGCAACCUUCUCCACGACCACCUGGAGACCGGUGAGCAACCUGAGCAGUAGUAGCCCGGGAGGAGCGGAGGUGGACUACACGCUGCCUCUGCAGCCCCCUCCGGACAAAGAAGACCUCAACUCCAGCAACUGCCAGUGCCACCAAUGGCACUACCGCAUCCGAGCAGGUCUCGUGCAAAACGUUGUCAGCAAGUGGGAUCUUGUGUGUGACUCUGCCUGGAAGGUCCAUAUUGCUAAGUUUUCCUUACUGGUUGGUCUAAUCUUUGGCUAUCUAAUAACCGGAUGUAUUGCUGACUUGGUUGGUCGGAGGCCAGUGCUGCUCUUUUCCAUCAUAUUCAUUCUGAUCUUUGGACUGACUGUGGCACUUUCAGUGAAUGUGACAAUGUUCAGCACACUCAGGUUUUUUGAAGGAUUUUGCCUGGCUGGAAUAAUACUUACCUUGUAUGCACUGAGAAUAGAACUUUGUCCUCCUGGACAUCGGUUCAUGAUCACGAUGGUGGCAAGCUUCAUAGCUAUGGCAGGACAGUUCCUCAUGCCAGGCUUGGCAGCCCUCUGUAGGGAUUGGCAGGUCCUCCAGGCUCUCAUCAUCUGCCCUUUCCUCCUGAUGCUUCUCUACUGGUCUAUUUUCCCAGAGUCCCUCCGGUGGCUAAUGGCCACACAGCAGUUUGAGCCAGCAAAGAAGCUGAUCCUGCAUUUCACGCAGAAAAACCGCAUGAAUCCUGAGAAUGACAUCAAAGGAGUGAUGCCCGAACUGGAGAAGGAACUUUCCAGAAGACCCAAGAAGGUCUGCAUUGUGAAAGUGGUGGGGACAAGGAACCUAUGGAAAAACAUUGUGGUCCUGUGCGUGAACUCGCUGACCGGGUUUGGGAUCCACCACUGCUUUGCUAGGAGCAUGAUGGGCCACGAGUUACCACUGCUCACGAACUUCUAUGCCGACUACUAUACCACGGCGGGCAUAGCCUUAGCUUCCUGCCUGGCCAUGUGUCUGGUGGUCAGGUUCCUGGGCCGAAGGGGAGGGCUGCUCCUGUUCAUGAUCCUCACAGCCUUGGCCUCCCUUUUGCAGCUUGGCCUCCUCAACCUGAUUGGAAAAUACAGCCAGCAUCCAGGCUCGGGAAUGAGUGAAAAAGUCAGAGAGAAAUUCUCCACCACGUUUUCCAUUGUGGGUAUGUUCGCCUCACAUGCAGUGGGAAGCCUCAGUGUUUUCUUCUGUGCAGAGAUCACCCCAACGGUAAUAAGGUGUGGAGGCUUGGGCCUGGUCCUGGCCAGCGCCGGCUUCGGCAUGCUGACCGCCCCGAUCAUAGAGCUGCACAACCAGAAGGGAUACUUCCUUCACCACAUCAUCUUUGCCUGCUGUACCCUCAUCUGCAUCAUCUGCAUUCUCCUCCUGCCGGAGAGCAAGAACCAGAACCUGCCAGAGAACAUCCUCAAUGGGGAACAUUACACGCGGCAGCCCCUCCUGCCCCACAAGAAGGGAGAGCAGCCCCUCCUGCUCACAAACUCAGAACUCAAGGACUACUCCGGCCUCCACGACGUGGCCGCCAUGGGAGACGGGCUGCCGGAAAACGCCACAGCAAACGGGAUGAAGUCCAUGUAACUGGGCUGCUUUGGUCACUUCAGGAGGGGAGCCCUUUUCGGGUCAGGUUUUCUUUUUAUCUGGCACAGGUUUUACAGACCUGCAACGAUGGCAGGUAUGGCCAACUCGGAAAGGAAAGGUCAAAUCUGCUGCUAAAGCCACUUAAAUCACAAGAGACUUUCAACCGGGGUGAGGAAAUUUCUGCCAACUGGAAAGCAUCGGGAUGAUGUAUUUGAGGGAAGAAACUGGCUGGAGAGAUACCUUUAAAGACCUUCUUUUUCUGCCAUUAAAUGUUUGUAUUUAUUUUGGUCAUUUUUACAAGAAGCACUUUAUUCCCUUUUCCUCUCAUUAAUCACAAAUUAAAAUGAACCUUCUCUUGUGGAGAGGUACAGCCAUUCCAAGAAAGAGACCUUAAGAAACAAAGCAAAAAAAAAAAAUCCAAACCUGAAAGAGGCAUCUUUUCUAUAGAAGAUGAACACACUAUGACCCAGGAGAGCAAAAAGUGAUUUCUUCCUGUCCCCAAACCCUCAAGGCGCCUUUGAGUAUAAGCAAAUGAUGCUGUUGUGAAUGAAACUGUGACUGUAUUUUAGACAAGGGGGGAAAAGUAAAAUUCAUUAGGUUUUGAUGGUGUCUCUGUAUGUGGUUUAAAACAAAAGAAAUGUCAUUUUCUACAUGUAAGGUAAGACCUUCCCAUUUCACAAUUAGAUUAAGCAGUUCACAAAUCCCAAUAAAGCAGGUAUGUGGGUCUUCUUUCAGGAUGGUUCUUUUGUACUGAGCAAUGAUGUUUGAAGCUCCUUUGGGAAAAAUCCUAAGCAUUUCAUUCAAAAUGAAGAAAACCCAAACUGGCUGUGGAUCCAGUUUUCUGAUGCCGGGGCUGCCUAAUGAAGUGGAUAAAUCAAUAAUAGGUGUACCGAGGCAGGACACAGCAUCAAGAACUUGAGACUCAUGCUCCUACCCAGAUGCCUUUCAGCUAAAAUCUCCCUAGUCCCUUAGCAGCAUCCGUUGCAGACUCUACUUGAAAGAAUGGCUACUUUCCAAUCAGCAAAUGAUACCGAAAAGUGACAACAAUGAUAAUAAAUGAAUAGAGGGAGGCAGUACAAAAACCUUACCAGGUAUACAUGUUGAGAGCACACACCCUCGAGGAAAACACUUGCUUAUAUUUUACUAUUGACUCUUUCUGACAUGUGGGUUAUCCACCAAGUCCUCUGCUUCUCCCAAUCUUUUCGUCCACUUCACUGCUUAUCAGGGCAGCAGCAGGGCAGGAAAGAGAGGUUAACCUCAAAUCAGUCUGUUUUCUAUCCAAACCCUUCCAAAAAAAAAAAAGAAUGAGAGAGAGGACAGAAAAAGGAAAUCCUAUAAAAUGAUAUAAUACUUUUUUAAAAAAAUAAUGCUGGAUUUUAAUUCUGUGCACCCCCCCCCAAAAAAAAAGUCUCAUGGGUAAUUUCAACUGUUGUAUGCAUUUGGAGGUCAUUUUGCACAUUCCUGGAAUUUGUCCACAGAUUCAUUGGCCUUCUGUCAUUUGAAGCCAUCCCCAGAGUAGGGAUGGACAUGGCAGUGUUGUGAGGUUUCCUCAAUAAUGUUAACGUUUUAAAAUCUUAUAUCCUAUUUUAGCCCACUAAAAAAGGAACUUUUAGGGGACUCAGAUGUGAUGCCCCUUUGUAGUAACAGCAAGCAAUUAACCAAGCAAUUAAUUAAUUACAUGGAGUCAGUAGACCCCAUUUCCACACAGUUCCCACAGAUGCCUAAGUACUGACAACCUUUGGCUCUUGCUUGGUCAAGCUCAGAGAAGGAUCAAACUCGAGUUUUUUCCUGAGCAAGAAGUUUUUUCUGUCUUAGUCGACGCCGUGUGUUAUAUAUGUCUUUGUUCUGGGGCAAAGUUAGAUCUUCCAAUGGUCUAAGUGCCAGGAUGGGUACUGUGUAGUAGGCAGCCACGCAUCUGCCACCUGCUAUGGAGCUUGAUGUUGUAGAGCCCAGAAAAGGGGUUAAUCUGUGCUCUGUUUCCCCAUCCUAGCUCCUUACCUCAUCUAUGUACCUGCUGUCUCCACCGACCUUGGUCCUCCUAACAGUGGCACAAUGUUGUAGCAGUAGGUAGCAGCUGAGUGACCUGUUCCUCAGUGCCGGGGUGGGGGGCAUCAGCACUGGGGUGGGAUGUUAAUCGAAGAGAUGAGAUUAUCGGAGUGAAGAAGGCAAACAAAAGUAGGGGUGUUUUCUAAACUGUGUCCAAAACAUUAAAACCUGCUGCUGUCAUGGAGAACCAGGCUAUGUAUCUGGGUUCUAAAAAGACUCUUCCUAAGAAACACUGGAGCAGGUGAAGACGGACUUUAAAAGCAACCUGGUAAUAAACAAUCAGUGGGGAAACAGGCUGUUGUUACACAGCUGACUUCAGUUCAGCUACCAUUGCAUUGUAUGACUGUUCUUACCCUCUGUAGUUGCUCGUAUGACUUAAAGUUGGGUCUCCUUUGUUACAUGUUGCAAAUUUUCAGUCUGCAUUCACCUUGAAAAGGGCCUUUCUUUAGAUGUGUGCAGUCUUCACGUGCCAAACUUGUGAAAUACCUUUUGCCUUUUAUAGAGUACUUGCAACAAAAUCACAUGGCAACAAAAUCCAUGUAAGUAGAUGAAAAAUACAGAUGUGGCCUUGAAGUGAGAGCAUCAGACACAUGAGGGGAGGGGCGGUCAGCAAGGGCUCUUUGGACCACAGACUGGACACCUGGGCAUGUGUGCACAAAUGCACAUGUAUAUAUACACACACACACACACACACACACACACACACACACACAGCUGGUACACCUUGCAAUCCAUUUACUGUAACAGCUUUUUAGUGAAUGAUAUCUAUGAGCAUUCUUGAAACUGCGGUCUGAAUCCCGUGGAUUUUUUCAAAUAACACGUAUUAAAGCUGUCCAUGCUCCUGAGCUGCCUGUCACCUCGUGGAGUCACGCACAGUGCUUCAGAGAACCCUUCUUGUUUCAGGGUCUCUAUUCUCUUAACGUAGAAAAACAAUAACAACAGACAACAUCCAACAGGGCCAAUGAACAGAAGGAAAAAACAAAACACUAGAACGUAUCAAACAACAGGAUGGAUUAAUGAUGGGAAUUAAAAAGUGACAGGAGUUAAAAAUAAAGUCCUGGUUCUUAGCUUUAGAAGCUGGGGGAUGAGGGAGAAGAAGCAGGAGAGGAGGGAUUUUAAUUUUGAUUUUUUUUGCCCAGUCUGCUUGACUAUAAUGACAUUAUCUUGCUUGGAACCUGGUAAGUGGCACACCUCUCAGCAAGGCAGGCAUCCCUCUGAUUCUGUUGGCACAUCCCUCUCAAAACUCACCCAGGGUUAAAGGGCCAGGUUUAACUCCUCCUUUCGAUGGCAUCAUCAGCUGGGAAAAGUUUUUGGUGCCAGCCAACAUUUUUACUGAAUGUAGUCAAAUCAGAAGAACCUCUCUAUGGAGAGAGCCCAGAAGAGUAAUGUACCAAGUGAGGCAGCAGGGAUGGAGAAAAGGGCGUCUGCGUCCUGCAUCUUGUCUGCCCUGCUCUGUGUACAGAUGGGUGCUCUGGCAGCUACUUAAUGACUUGUCUGUCAAACUUGAAAACUACUCAAUCCUGUUUCCUUCAUGGUUGACACAAAGGAAACGCUUUUCUCAGGCGACUCGCUGCUUCCAGUCAGCCUCCUCUUCCCCUCUCCCCCAUAGAGAGCAUUCAAAGAUGUACUUGCCAGCUACCUACAUGUAAAUCCAUUUCAUUCUGAAACCUCAUUAGUUAGAUUUUUCAACCACCAGGGGGCUCUGUCUUAUCUCCUUUGUCUCCCUUUUCCAACGAUUGACGCACAAAGCCUUUCUUCCCCAUCACCCAUGCACCACCCCACCCAUCCCACCUCCAAGUUCUCAAGGAUGCUUUGUGCUACCAAGCACCAUAGUCUGUUUUUAUCGUCUAAGAGGCUGGUUGGCCAUAGACACACUGGCAACUGGAAAGGGGAUGGAGUGGUUGGCUUAGUCUAUCACUGAGCAAGAAAGAGCUAAUGAUUCCCAAAAGGAAGUAUCCCGCUUAAACCUGAUACUUCCCAGAGCCAAGCCGAAGUCACAAAACUGGAAGUAGGAGUGCUGUGAAAUGGGCUUUGAAUGUCACAUCACCUGUAGCCUCUGGAUGGCUCACACUGGAUGGCAUCCUGCACUUCAACUGCUAUUGUUGCUCUUUUUUUUUUUUAGACAAAACCUCAUUUUAAUGUAGUGUAUAAAAUGUUUUGGGAAAGGAAUACAGAGUAAUGUCUAGUGGGUAAGCUUUCCUUCCUUUCUUCCUUCCCCCACUCCUCUCCCCUCUUCCUUUUCCCUGCCCCAACUCCCUCCGUUUCUGAUGAGGCUCUAAUUAAAGAAUUGUUACUGUACGUUUUGAUCAUGAUUAGGCUGGUGGUGCUUACCCAUAGCACAAGCUUAAAUCAAGUACUGAAACUGUCUUAACUAGCUAAGUGUCUGCAUGAUGUUACAUCUGUUGUACCUACUGAGAAAUUUGUAUGUGAAUGUACAGAAAUAAAAACCCAAAAAAAAGCUGCCCCAUUACCAGAA